AUGAAGACCAAUAAUUUAGAUCAAGUUUCUUUAUUAUCUGGUGAAAAUGUUUCGUUAGAGCAAGUUUUGGUUAAAGAGCUUAAUAAUGGCAUGGAAAAUAUAGAGGCUAUAGAUGAACUAUAUAUUCUUUUAAUCAAAUCGCUAAUGGGUAAAGAAAUAACAGAAACCGCUAAAUUUCCACAUGAAUCAAAUGGUUUUGUAGAUCUCACUCUUUUGGAAAUGAUCACUCUACUUAUUGCCAAUAACAAUAGAACUGCUGAGGCAUUUUUAUAUCUAUCUGAAGUUGUUAGAAAAGAAAAUUUAGUUGGAAUAAAAAUAGAAAACUCUUUCUUCAAAAGAAAGGAAAUAGCCUUCAUAGCAUAUAACUAUUAUAAAAAUAAUCCACAAACUGUUCUCAAUUUAAUAGACUCAUUUUAUCCAUCAAAGGAAAUGUUAGAUAAUUCUACACAUAAAAUCCUUAAAUUUCAAGAUGUAUUGAUUGACUUUAUUAGUACCAAUAAAAAUUUGGCUACUUAUGAACACUAUUCAAAGCUUGCAGGUUUAUUAGGGAAUAAUAGUGCAACAAUAGAUGUCCCAACAGUUGGUAAAAAAGUAAAUAGAAUUGAUAUACAAAAAGUAUCCAUUGAAAUGUAUAUAAAAGAAAAAGAACCCAAAGCAACUAUUUUUUCAAAUCUCCUUUUCGUUCUAGCAUCAUAUUUGCAAAAAGAUCAAGUGGUUUCCUUAUUUAAUGGAAAAUUUAAUUUUAAAAAGGAUAAAGUAAUAAAACUUUUAAAUGAAAAGUCUGAUGGUUCAAUCGAUGGGUUAUAUCAUUUGUUAUAUCAAACAUUGGGAAUUAAUGAAAGGGUUAUGAUUAAAGGUGACCUAGUAGAUAAAAAAGAAUGUUUAAUUCGUGAAAUAGAUCGUGGAAACCACGAUCCUAACCUAUCUUUAUUAUAUAAACUAUCAUGCUUUGUAGAAAAUGGUGAAGCCAUACAACUAAAAAAUGGACUUCAAUAUAACAGAAUACAACUAUUACAGGAAGAAGUUAAUAACUCUGGUUCAGUGGAUGCGAAAUUUUCGUACUACAUGGAAACUGAUGGAGUUUAUGAUCUAUUUGAAUCGAAUGAUAAACCAAAUAUGUUAGAUGUAGAGUAUACAAGGUUAAAUCUUUGUGUUACAAAUUUUCUACAAGAUUAUCCAGAUAUUCCACAAAUAUACUAUUUCAUCGGUUCAUUUUUAUCAAAUUUCUUUUUCGAGAAUAUUAAACAAUUACCAGAUUUAAAAGAUCCAUAUGGCAAAACCCCAGACUAUUUCUACCACACAAAAAGAGAUUAUUUCAGAAAAUAUUUAGAGUAUUCAGAACCAAUUUUAAUUACAUUAAAUAAUUUUAAAGGCUGGUACUCAUUGUCAUCUGUGAUGGAGUUCGAUAGUAAUGAUAAAGAGUUUGGUAGAACUAAAAGUAAUAUUUUAAAUGAGUUAAUUCAAUUAAACCCAAGCUUUUCAGGAAUAUACCACGAAUAUUCAAAAUCACUUUCAAACAACACAGAUACCAUUCAAUUAACAACAAACAAUGGUAUUAAAACAUUAAAUAGAAUUCAAUUAUUAUUAAAAGGAAUAGAUUUAGAAAAUGGUAUCACAAUUUUAAAAUUCAAAAUGAUGGUCGACUUACUCCAAUGCUUAUCAGAUACAGAUUAUAAAGAAGUUAGCUUUUUAAAUGGCAGAACCGUCAAUAAACACAACUUAAUAUUAGAAACAAUCGAAGACUUUAGCCAUCUUUGCUUUUCUGAUCAAGUCCUAUCAUUUUUAUACAAAGAGUUAUAUAACACUGUGGAUGAUGAUGAAGAAAUUGAAAUUUUAGGAAAAAACUAUACAAAACUAGUAUUAAAAAAUAUAUAUUCAGCUCAUUAUUUCCAUCAUUUAAGAUUAAAGGCAAAAUUUCACAUAAACAAUUUUUUCAAAUUCAAGAAUUAA